UCUGACUCAAAGGAUGAGUCCGCCGCGCAAACUUUCCAAGCCGGGCUGGGGCGAGGGGGCGCCUGGUGAGCGGGCGAGCAGGAACGCACUCAUGUUCAAUAACGAACUUAUGGCGGACGUGCAUUUUAUUGUGGGCCCAGUGGGGGCAGCCAAGAAAGUUCCUGCUCACAAGUAUGUUUUGGCAGUUGGUAGUUCUGUCUUCUACGCCAUGUUUUAUGGAGAUCUUGCAGAGGUCAAAUCUGAAAUCCAUAUACCAGAUGUGGAACCUGCAGCCUUCCUAAUCUUAUUAAAGUACAUGUACAGCGAUGAAAUUGACCUGGAAGCAGACACUGUGCUUGCUACUCUAUACGCAGCCAAGAAAUACAUUGUCCCGGCAUUAGCAAAAGCUUGCGUCAAUUUUCUGGAGACCAGUCUAGAGGCCAAGAAUGCUUGCGUUCUGCUGUCUCAGAGCAGACUCUUUGAGGAGCCAGAGCUGACGCAGCGCUGCUGGGAAGUCAUUGAUGCUCAAGCUGAGAUGGCACUAAAAUCGGAGGGCUUCUGCGAAAUAGAUCAACAGACGCUAGAGAUCAUCGUGACACGGGAAGCCCUGAACACGAAGGAGGUUGUGGUGUUUGAGGCAGUCCUGAACUGGGCCGAGGCUGAAUGCAAAAGGCAAGGGCUGCCGGUUACGCCAAGGAACAAGCGGAAUGUAUUGGGGAAAGCUUUGUACUUGGUACGGAUCCCAACCAUGACUCUGGAAGAGUUUGCCAAUGGGGCUGCUCAGUCCGACAUCCUAACGCUCGAGGAAAGGCAUAAUAUUUUCUUGUGGUAUACUGCUGCCAAUAAGCCCAAGUUAGAAUUUCCGCUAACAAAGAGGAAAGGACUCGUACCCCAAAGGUGCCACCGGUUUCAGUCCUCCGCCUAUCGUAGCAAUCAGUGGAGGUACCGAGGUCGGUGUGACAGCAUCCAGUUUGCUGUUGAUAAAAGGAUAUUUAUAGCCGGACUGGGAUUGUACGGGUCGAGUUGUGGGAAGGCGGAAUACAGCGUCAAAAUUGAACUGAAGCGGCUGGGGGCUGUUCUUGCCCAGAACCUGACGAAGUUUACCUCUGAUGGAUCUAGUAACACUUUCUCAGUAUGGUUCGAGCAUCCCGUGCAGGUUGAGCAAGACACCUUUUACAAUGUGAGUGCCAUCCUGGACGGCAAUGAGCUGAGUUACUUUGGACAAGAGGGAAUGACCGAAGUGCAGUGUGGAAAAGUGACUUUCCAGUUCCAGUGCUCCUCAGACAGUACCAAUGGCACUGGAGUGCAAGGAGGGCAGAUACCUGAACUCAUUUUCUAUGCAUGAUGCAUUUCACUUAGAAUGUAUUCUGGGACUGCUCUGCAUAUUAAGGGAUACUCUGACCCGACUGCAAAUAUUCCAGGGCGAUUUGGAAUGUUAUGCUACUUUUAACUGUCUACUUACCAUCUGGCUAUCAAACUAAGUGAAGGAAUGCUCUUGAAUUUAAUCUUAUUUUAUUUAUUCAUAAGCUAUUUGACUUAAUUAUUGAACUGCAACAUGCAGGAGGGGAAAAUGUUUUAAAAAAUUUGCACGUGACGUGCGUUUAUUUUGUAUAUAGAUAAACUAACUUGCAGCUGGCUCAAACAGAAUGUUCUAAAGUAGAGCGGUUUGAGAAUCUGUUGAAUAUAAAACAUUUUUACUUGUCCUAGA